CAGCAGACGCCGUUAGUGGGGGCACAGGGCGGGGCUUUGGGUUAAAGUACGUGUGCUUCAUUACAGCUCGCCUCUUGAAGCCUAAAUCAUGGUGCUGCUUGAAAACGACUCGUUUCUCACAGAGCUCACUCGGCUCUUCCAGAAGUGCAGAACAUCGGGCAGUGUUGUCAUCACGCUAAAGAAGUAUGAUGGUAGAACCAAACCUGUGCCCAGAAAGGGCCACUUGGAGUCCUUUGAACCAGCAGAUAAUAAAUGUCUCCUCAGAGCGUCGGAUGGCAAGAAGAAAAUCAGCACAGUGGUCAGUACCAAAGAAGUAAUCAAGUUUCAGAUGGCAUACUCUAACCUCCUUAGAGCUCACAUGGAUGGUCUGAAGAAAAAAGAUAAGAAGAGCAAAAGCAAGAAGACUAAAGCCACUCAAUGAUCACGGGACUCAUUCAAGAACUGUACUGUCCAGUCUGAGGGGAUGGGAGAGGGCGCCGUCUGCCUCUGCACCCGGCACUCUCCCCAUCACAUUCACUCUACAUCCACCCGGUGACUGUAGAUAUUAUACUAUUGUCCUGCAUGGUGACGCCUCAUCCUCGGCUGUCUGGUGCCAUCAGUCGUAAGGAACGAGACACAAGGACCUUUUUUGUUUUUGUCUGCAAAAUGAAGAGAGCCAAUGUUUCUGCUGCCAGCGGAGCUUUUUUUUUUUCACGAUUCAGGAGGAUGUCUUCAAUUUUUUCUUUUUGUCUUGUACUCCAUGUGGAUGCUCUCAAAACCCAGAGCUAAAUCAGAUCAGUUGGUGGUUGAAAGUAAUAUUUUCCAACACAACUAUAUUUUCCCCUGUUUUAUUUCCAUUUUCAGGCGAAGCUUUUUGCUGUUUAAAGCAACAGAACCACCCAUUUAUGGUCUACUUAGUAUUUCUUUUGGUGAAAUAUUUAGAAGUACUAUAAACGUGUUAUGAAUGAGGACUACAGAGAUGUGUACAUGGGCUAAAACUGUACUUCUAUUUUUGAUGAUCAUAGUUACAAAGCAGGUCUAAGCACAGACGGUGUUCGUACUAUUCCUCCAGAGUCCCUUCGUAGAAGAGGGCUGUAACCAAAUUUAAUUUCUGAAAUAAAGUGCUCUGUUAAAAUCAAAAAA